AUGGCAGCCUCAGAUCUGCCUAUGGCUACUUCUUCCCCUCACCCGGAGGAGGUAUACAUGUACCCAGAUAUCGAUGAACAUGAAUCAACGCAUUAUCAAUGGCAGGGAGGCGAGCCGUCGGCCGCCGCCGACGUUCCGGCCUUCGCGAUUGAUCCUCGUUUGUACCAAAGUCUAUUUCCUGAGAACCCACCACAGGGGUUUGCAGAGCCUUCGACUGCAGAGUUCGAAGAAGGAUCUGAUGAUGCUCAAGUUUACCCUCCAGCGUUACUUCAUGAAGACCUAGGGGAAGAUGACUCAGAGUUUGUAUGGUCCGAAGGUCAGAGUGGGAGUGACGAGGAAGAGGAGACUGAUGACGAGUUCAUCGAAGAAGAUGAUGAAUCAGACGAUUCUGCUGCCAGGCGACGCCGUCGCCGAGGUGGAGGACGUUUCUCAGGUCGCUAUGGCGCCCGCGGCGGCAAGGGUAUCAAACGGGGCCCUCGUAAACCGUUGGAUCCUGGCCCAGAGUUUAAGAUGUAUCAUUCCGAAGCUACAUCAGCUUUUAUUGACGGCGACUAUGAGCAUGCUCUUGAGAAGGUCAAGCAGGCGAUUCAAGUCAACCCCGAAAUGUUCCCAGCUCAUUCACUGUUGUCAGAGAUUUGGCUGGCCAAGGGUGACAAACCCAAGGCUCUCGCGGCUCUCUGGAAUGGUGCUCACACUCGGCCAAAGGACCCCACUGUCUGGAUGAAGGUUGCCCGGCAACUUUUCGACCUGGCCGGCGACAACCGGUCUAGUGUCUUGAAUGAUGUCGUUUAUUGCUACAGUCGUGUGAUCGAUAUCCAGCCGAAGAACUAUAAUGCUCGAUUUCAGCGAGCGGCACUUUAUCGUGAGCUUAAUCACAACGGUAGAGCUGUCACUGAGUACGAACGUAUUCUAAAAGACCGACCGCACAGCGCCAGAGCCCUACGUCAUUUGGCUGAAAUAUUCAUUGAUCUCGAUGAUGUCCAAAGAGCCAUCAACCAUUGGACGGAGAGUGUUGAGUACUAUAAAUCUCUUGACCCAGAACUAGCUCAGGAUUUUUCUUGGUCCGAUGCCAACAUCUACGCUGAGCUUUUUGGUUAUGUAAACCAACCACACGCUGGUAUUGAGGCUCUCAAAUCACUUUCUCGGUGGCUUCUAGGCCGCCGUAAUGACAUUAUGUGGGAGGAGUUUGAGGAUGACGACCGAGAAUGGGAUUCUGAGGAUUCUCCCCGCCGUAUCAAGACCGAUGGAUUCAUUCCUGGUCAGUGGCCCGCAGAGAGCUAUGGGCUUGGUCUGCCUCUGGAACUUCGAGUGAAGAUGGGACUGUUCCGUUUGAAUAUGGGUGAAAAGCAUCAUAACGAAGCAAUGCAUCAUUUUGAAUGGUUGAACCCCGAAGAUACUUCUGAAAAUGGCCGGAUCUUUCAUUACGGAGAUCUUUUCCGAGAAGUCGCAGACGCCCUGAAGGAUGUUGGAUUAUUAGAGGAGGCCUUGCGCUUCUAUUCGCCGAUCCAGCAGACUGCAGAAUAUGCAGAUAUUAGCUUUUUCAUGGCCAUGGCCGAUUGCUGUAGCCAAUUGGGGAGGCUUGAAGACGCAGAGGGCUGUUAUCUUACAGUGGCUGAGCAUGAGCCGGGACACCUGGAAUCACGGGUGCAAUUGGCGAAACUUUACGAGAGCCUAGGAAUGAGCGAUCAAGCCUUCAAAUAUGUCAAUGAGGCUGUUCUGAUAGGUCGUCAAGAUACCCGAACGCGUCGAAGACGAAAGGAUAACCGACUUGAACAACUUGCCAUCGAGUUUCAGGGCGCUGAUACCCAACCCUUAAGACCUAUUGCUCCUAAACCUGCUGGAGCACUGACCCUGGGCUCAGUAGCCACUCUUGAUAAGGGGCGUGGCUUUGCAGGUGAAAGCAGCCGGCUAGAGGAUAUCCAGUUUCUGUAUAGGAAGAUGCGAGAGCUGGAACUUAAAGUCAAGGAGGGUGACAAUGGCGCCGUUGAGGAUUGGCUUGACAUCGCUGAUGCUCUUUUGCGUGACUUUCGGUCAAAUCGAGUUUUCUACCCCAUGGCACGUACUAUGGAGUUUCAAGGGUAUUCAAGUGAUGCACAGCGAAAGGCUGGGAAGACCAAAAAUAGUGCAUUCUUGAAUGAGAUGCAAGAGAUGGCGGGGCGGCUUCAGCAAUCCAUGAGUGGCGAAAGCCAUGACGAGCCAUUGCAAGGCGCUGUACCAUCUGAUUACCAUGGCAUUUCAUUCGAUGAAUGGCUGGACAUUUUCCUCCAGUACUCACUCCUUGUCACCGAGCAAGGUGAGCCGGAGGAGGCUUAUGAGACACUUGAUGCAGCUGCGGUUGCAAGUGUCUGGUACCACGACAAACGGAAAUCGCGCAUGAUUCACGUUUGUUGGUUUACUUGUGCACUUCGAGCCCAAGACGAGGAAACUCUCACCAUGGAGGCUCGUUGGUUCGUAAAGGAAUACCAAUUUGUGACCGACACCUAUCGACUCUUUUCGAUGCUAAGUCAUCUGUCCGGUGAUCCUCACAAAUCGUUGUUUCAUUCCUCGCCAAGUAUGAAGUUUAUGCUCCGUCAAAUCAAAGCGAUGGAUUUCACUUUACCAGACAGUGCAGAUAAGCCUCCGCCUUCCCGGCAAUCUAUCUGGAAAGAGCGGGCCUCCCUCUCAACUCGAGAUGAAGCCGGCGAACCUAUUCCUGCCCAUGAGCUCGAUAUCGCCUUACUUGUGCUUUAUGGCAAUAUUUUAUACUCUGGAAACAGUUUCUAUCCAGCUCUUAACUAUUUCUUCCGCGCGUACGCCCUAGACGAUAAGAACCCAGCCGUUUUGCUUUCGAUUGCGCUCUCUUACAUCCACCAAUCUCAGAAGCGACAAUCCGAAAACCGACACUAUCUUAUCAUGCAGGGAUUGUCUUUCAUGUACGAAUACCGUCGAGCCCGUGCGAAACGUGGUGCUACAUUGCAAGAACACCAGGAGGUGGAAUUCAACUUUGCUCGUGUUUGGCACGGGCUUAACUUGAGCCACCUAGCUAUUGAAGGGUACGAGAAAGUGCUCAAGAUAGGAGACCAGAUUAAGCAAGAGGCUAGUUUGCAAGUGUCUGAAACGGCGAAUGGCGCCCCCAAAAAUGCCGAUGUGACUAUGACUGAUGCAGAUGACGAUUCAAAAACCUUGAUCUCUAAGCCUCAGCCUUUUCUGGAGGACUUUUCGCGUGAAGCUGCAUAUGCCUUGCAAUGCCUUCAUGUUCUCGGUGGAGACACGAAGAUGGCCAAGGAGGUUACCGGAAAUUGGCUCGUGAUCUAA